AUGUGUGAUUGGUCGGAAGACACAACUCUUAGCUUUUUAGAAGCGUAUCAAAAUGAGCCAUGCAUUUGGAAUUCAAAAGACCCUAACCACAAAAAUAGGCAGAAGGAAGUUUCAUCACAAGAAAUCCCGAUUGAAAGUGCAGCUUUAGCGGAAGAAGAAAAAGACGUAGAAGAUAGCGAUUUAGGGCAGCCAUCAACUUCGCAAACACCAAAACCACUGACUUGCCGUCGUCGUCCUGCUACCGAUAAAGCGGAGCGGCAGAUGUAUUCAGCUUUUGGGCAGUUAACCAAUAUUUUAUCCAAAAGACAAAAAGAAAAUCAACCGCCACCAAAGGAAGAAGAUGACUGCGAACUAUAUGCUAAAUUGUUAGCCAAAAAGUUGCGAGAACUGCCUCCUGAUGACAGAAAACUGAUGAUGUAUGACAUAGAUACUUUGUUUGUUAAUAGAAUUAAAGAGAAACAGAUGCGUCAAACCCUAUCUUCCUAUCACUCAGUCCCAUACCAAAUGCAAAUUGCUUCACCAAGGGUAAAACGGCCGUCAACCUCCCAAACAUCCUACACUGAACCUUCAGCGAAUACAUCCCCUUAUCUAAACCGUCCGUCACCUUCUCCAACGUCGUAUUCUGAAACAACGGUUUCUUUUUUAGACCAACCAGCAACUUCCCAUUCUGAAUCCUUACUAGUUAAAUCAUCAACACAAAACCAACCAUCGAAUCCUCAAACCAGCAUUCAACCCAAUUAUAUCACCCAACCGGACUAUUCAACUCCCACCAUUCACAUUAUAUCCAAUGAACUAAUUGCACCACAAAGAGGACAAAAUCUUAUUAAUCAAGCAUUACUUAAAGCUUACGAAGACUUUAGUAACUGUGAAAAAUGA